AUGGGUACUGAUGAAGUUAAGGCUCAGAAACUUGAAGAUGGACUGAGGCCGCAGAUUGCUUCAAUAAUGCCCACCAGACCAACCCAAGGAUACUCGGAAACUAUGCAGACUAUGAAGAAGGUAGAAGAUAAGCAAAGGGAUGCUUAUCAUGUUGGUCAGUCAACUGGAAAGCGGAUAGCCCCGUUCUUUGAUAGGGGAUACAGCAAAUUCAGCAAGCCUUCUAGAUCUACUGUAGUAUCAUCUUUCCCACAGAGAACUCAGUCCGAGUCAACAGUGUCUGGACCAAUGUAUGCUAAUCCCAACACCAAUACCAAAACAACAGAUGCAGUGCCUCCAAGUAAUGCAUUAACCUUCAAAUGCUUUACAUGUGGCCAAGUUGGGCAUACCUCUCGGUCAUGUCAAUACAGGAAGCCUAUGUACCCUCCUCCUCAGCCUACUAGCAAGCCUCAAGGACGGGUCUAUUCUGUAACCACCAGUGAAGCCGAGGCUAGUCAGAAUGUGGUGACUGGUACUAUUCUCAUCUGCUCUACCCCUGCAUACACUUUAUUUGAUACUGGAGCGACGCAUUCCUUUGUGUCACCGACAUUUGCUAAGAGGACUGGUGUAUCACCCAAGAGUCUAGAAGAGGGUCUAGCAGUUAGUACACCUACAGGGUCGAGGAUAGAUUUGGAUACACUAUAUGAGCCAUGUGCUGUGACAAUUACAAGUAGAAAUAUGAAUGCUCACCUAAUCCAACUUGGUAUGACUGACUUUGAUGUCAUAUUGGGGAUGGAUUGGCUGGUGGCACAUGAGGCUAGUGUACUUUGUGCCAAAAGGAAGAUAGUGUUCCAACCUACAGGCGAAAACAGGGAGACAAGAAGAAGAAACCAAGAAAGAUGGUGA